CCAUCACCAUUUCUACCAUCACUUCCUCCACAACUUCAUACCCACGUCUCAAAAUCCCUUCUUUCGCCCUUCUGAAUCUUCAUAUCUUAAUCGCCUCUAUAGGCUCACCGGAGAAUCAAGAAAAUGGCCGAAGAAACCAAGAAACCAGCUUCUGAGACUACGCCGGCGACAUCUCAAGAGGUUGUUGUCUCUGAUGUCCCCGUGACGGAAAAGGAAUCCACCCCUCAACCUGAACCGGUACCUGUUCCUGAGACGCCGGAAAAAUCUGCUGCUCCGGCGUCGGAGGAAACUGAUAAGGAAAAAACUCCAGUUACUGAAUCUGCUUCGUUUAAGGAAGAGAGCAACAAAGUUGAAGAACUCCCAAAUCCUGAGCAAAAGGCUUUAGCGGAGUUGAAACAAUUGGUUCAAGAUGCUCUGAACAAACAUGAAUUCACUGCUCCGCCGCCAGCCCCGCCGGCCAAGGAGGAGGAGAAGCAACCAGAGGCUGAAACAGCAGAACCUGUAGCCGCCGCUGUCGCAGAGGAGGAAAAAAAGGAAGAAUCUGCUGCUGCACCGGCAACGGCGGAGCCGGUGAAGGAAGAACCACCAGUUCAAGAGAAGAAAGAAGCUCCACCUGUUGUGGAAGAGAAGAAAGAAAUUCCAGAGAAGGAAGUUCUAGAGAAGAAAGAAACUCCACCACCAGCUCCGGCGGCGUCAGAGUCAUCGGAGCCGGCCGAGAAAGUGACUGAAAAGGUUACAGCAGAAGAGGAUGACGGUGCUAAAGCCGUUGAAGAAAUCAAAGAGACGAUUGUUGAAGUGACUGCCGCAAGUGCACCGGUGGAGGAUGUAGCAGUUCCAGCAGAAGAAGUCCCACCAGCAGCAACGGAGGAAGAAGUCCUACCAGGAGCACCAGAAGAAGUUUCGAUAUGGGGAAUUCCCUUAUUAGCUGAUGAGAGAAGUGAUGUGAUCCUUCUCAAGUUCCUCCGAGCCAGAGAUUUUAAGGUGAAGGAUGCUUUUGCUAUGCUGAAGAGUGUUGUGGCAUGGCGUAAGGAGUUUAAGAUUGAUGAACUCUUGGAAGAAGAUCUGUCAGGACUAGGACUAGGGAAAGUGGUGUACAAUCAUGGUGUGGACAAGGAAGGACAUCCAGUGUGUUACAAUGCAUUCGGGGCAUUUCAAGACAAUGAAUUGUAUCAGAAUACUUUUGCUGACAAGGAGAAGAUGAACAAGUUCCUCAGAUGGCGUAUUCAGUUCAUGGAGAAAUCAAUCAGGAAUCUUGAUUUUAGCCCUGAUGGCAUAUGCACUUUUGUUCAGGUUAUUGAUCUCAAGAAUUCACCUGGCCUUUACCUUUUCAAGAAAGAGCUUCGCCAGGCUACCAACCGUGCACUUCAGUUACUCCAGGACAAUUACCCUGAAUUUGUUGCCAAGCAGGUGUUCAUCAAUGUGCCAUGGUGGUAUCCAGCUUACUACAGGAUGAUCAAUGCACUUUUCACUACCAGGACCAAGAGCAAGUUUGUGUUUGCUGGCGCUUCAAGAUCUGCUGAGACUCUCUUCAAAUACAUUGUCCCUGAGCAAGUGCCAGUUCAAUAUGGUGGACUUAGCAGGGAGGGUGAACAAGAAUUCACCAUUGCUGACCCUGCCACUGAGGAUACCAUUAAGCCUGCUUCCAAACACACCAUUGAAUUUCCAGUUACUGAGAAUAGUAAUUUGGUGUGGGAAGCAAGAGUAAUAGGGUGGGAUGUGUCCUAUGGAGCUGAAUUUGUACCAAGUGCUGAAGGUGGAUACACAAUCAUUGUAGAGAAAUCAAGAAAGAUUGCAGCAACAGAUGAAACAGUGAUCACCAACAACUAUAUGGCACUAGAACCAGGCAAGAUGGUUCUUACAUUUGAUAACCAAACAUCUAAGAGGAAGAAGCUUGUCUACAGAUCCAAGACCAAGCCCUCUGAUUAAGACAAACACACACACACACACACACAUAUAUAUAUAUACAUAUAUAUAUAUAUUGAAAGCUUUCAAAGAUAGAAAUUCCAGUGGAAAAUAAGGAAGGUUCUUUUGUUCUUUCAUAGUUUUCAAAAAUUCUAUUUCUCGUUGAUAUUAAAUUUAAUUUUGAGUGUGGGAUAUUUAUUUAAUAUUUGUUGGCAUUUUGUUUUUGGAUUGUUUUCUGCUAUAUAUGUGGAGGAAACAAGUUGGGGGUUGUAAUGUGUUGGCUGGAAUGUGGACAGAAAAACUUUGAUUACUAGCUGUUGAUACAUUCCUGUAAAAUUGUGUGUAAAUCUGGUGUUCGUCCUUGCUGUUCUUUCUCUUUUUGUGCAUGUUAGUGUUAAUUAAUGCCUCCCUACAUUCCUUUG